AAGGAGGGGCCUUUGGUCACAGCUACUGCAGGAGCCUGAGGGGCUCUGGGCUCUGGCAGCCUCUGAAGGCGUUCGGGAGUUAGGGUAACGGGCGCCUCCAUUUGGAACAGCAGAUCCAGGCUCUGUAAGGCGGUCCGAUAAUUUUUAUCCUUUUUCCUGGAAAUUGCCUUUUAAAAUACGGUUUGCUUGUUGGCCUAGGUCCCCCACUGUAGGCUGCGGUAGCCCAGAGUUCUCCCUGCUCUGAGUGUUCUGUGUGGAGCUGUGAACCCAUCCGCCUGCAUCUCCCUGCUGCCCGGUGGGCCUCGGAGCCAUGGCAACGGAGGAGAAGAAGCCGGAGGCAGAGGCCCCCCGAGCGCAGCCCACCCCCUCCUCGUCAGCCACGCAGAGCAAGCCUACACCUGUGAAACCAAACUAUGCUCUAAAGUUCACCCUGGCCGGCCACACGAAAGCCGUGUCCUCCGUGAAAUUCAGCCCGAACGGGGAGUGGCUGGCGAGUUCGUCUGCAGACAAGCUCAUUAAAAUUUGGGGCGCCUAUGAUGGGAAAUUCGAGAAAACUAUAUCUGGUCACAAGCUGGGAAUAUCCGAUGUGGCCUGGUCCUCAGAUUCUAACCUCCUUGUUUCUGCCUCAGAUGACAAAACCCUAAAGAUAUGGGAUGUGAGCUCGGGAAAGUGUCUGAAAACCCUGAAGGGACACAGUAAUUAUGUCUUCUGCUGUAACUUCAACCCGCAGUCCAACCUCAUUGUCUCAGGCUCCUUUGAUGAGAGCGUGAGGAUCUGGGAUGUGAAGACAGGGAAGUGCCUCAAGACCCUGCCUGCGCACUCGGACCCCGUCUCCGCUGUUCACUUCAACCGCGACGGGUCCCUGAUCGUGUCCAGCAGCUACGACGGGCUCUGCCGGAUCUGGGACACCGCCUCCGGCCAGUGCCUGAAGACGCUGAUCGGUGAGCGCCGCGGGCCUGGGUGGCAGGGCUCUCCUCCAUCGCGCCCGCCCUCACCUUCUGAGGUUCUGGGAGCCCCUUCUCUGUCUUGCAUCUGCUCCUCUGGGAGGAUUUCCCUCCUCUGCCGCCCUCCCGUCGCCCACCGCUCCUGCCCACCUCACCGGGCUGCCCCACCUGUCCUCCAGCAGCCAGGGAGCAUGUGUGACCCCCCCUUUCCUUCCAGCACCCUGAAACUCUGGGACUACAGCAAAGGGAAGUGCCUGAAGACGUACACGGGGCACAAGAACGAGAAGUACUGCAUAUUUGCCAACUUCUCCGUGACGGGGGGGAAGUGGAUCGUGUCCGGCUCAGAAGACAACCUGGUGUACAUCUGGAACCUGCAGACCAAGGAGAUUGUGCAGAAGCUGCAGGGCCACACAGACGUGGUGAUCUCGACGGCGUGCCACCCGACGGAGAACAUCAUCGCCUCGGCCGCGCUGGAGAACGACAAGACCAUCAAGCUCUGGAAGAGCGACUGCUAGGCCCGCCCGCGGCCGGGUGACCCGAUGGGCAGGGCGGGGCCUGGGUUCCCCUGGUCCAGGCUGGGGGUCGGGGUGGGGCCUGGACCCCUCUGAGGACCAUUAGGCCAAGGGGAGAGUUCCCACCAGAAAGUUUAGAGGUGACAUUGCCGAUUCCUCUCACUGGGAAGAGUUCCUAGUCUAUUGUGUUCCGUCAACAAAACUUUUCAUUUUUUAUGACAGAAGGUGAGGUGAAGUUCAGUUUGUCGCGGUGUUUUCCCAGUAAGCGUUCUGUCCUGUUUUUGAUGUUUUAUUGCCCGUGCCAGCGCUGUGACCAGUCGCCUUGGCUCUCUGCCCGGCUCCGCAGGUCCUGGCUGGCAGCAGGCACUGCCCGACCCGGUCCCACUGCCGCCGGCCCUGCCCGUAGUGGUUCCCCGUGUGGUUGUCUGGAACCCAGACCCUGUGAGGCCGUGUCUGAACCCUCGUGCUCGGGCGCUCGGGGCUGGUGUGUGGUGUCCACACAGCACGCCGCGCCGCAGGCAGGGAGCAGGCGGGCCCUGGCAGCGGGCUCCCGGCAGCUCCUCUCCCUGCUGUUGGCACAUGCACAGACUUGGUCCAGGCCGGGACGGGGC